GACUAGCCUACAUACGCCACCUAUUGGUCAAACUCAUAGACUGUUAUUGCACAGUCAGUGGUCAAAUCUUGCCACCUGUGUCGAAAACUUGCACAGCGACAGGGGUAAAUUGGAAAACGGGAUUGGCAUGUUUGAAGCUGUAGGCUAGUCAGUAUCUUGACGACCGUAAUAACUUUUUUCGAGUCUGCCGAGCCAGCAUGGCAUCACUUGAGAUUGCACGUUAUUCUUUCGCUCCCUCCGCCUCCUCUCCUAACUUCUGCUUCAUCACUAAUCCCACAGAUAUGAUGAAGCAGAAGGAUGAGGAGCUCGACAAAAAGAUCGAGGCUCUGAGAAGGAAGAAUGAGGCUCUCAUGAAAAGAUACCAGGAGGUGGAGGAGGAUAAGAAGAUGGCAGAGCAGGAGGGCAUGGCUCCGCAGAGCCGCAAGUCAGAGGACCUUUCCAUCACCAUCAAUAAGACCACACAGGAGCCGCGGAUGGUGUUGAAGAAAGCUGGGACCGGCGGGAGCUCCCCCCAGGACAAAAGAGGCGGGGGAGAGGUGGCCGACGGAGGCCCUACACAGUUCAGUAUGGGCCGGGGGAAGAGACGCCAGCUCUUUGUCACCAUGGUGGGGAACAACAAGGGUACCCGAGUGGUGAGUGAAUCAGCGGACCCCACCCCUCCAAGGCCUGGAGGGAGAAAGAGCAGCGCUGAGGAUGAGGACGAGAACCAAGUCACCGAGUCGUCCAGGAGAGGAGGAAGACACGGCCAGUCCCGCAAGAGGACCUCUCAGACACAGGAGGAAGGGGUGAGGCAGGAGGGGAAGGCUGCGGUGGAGGAGAGUCGCUGGCUGUCCGAGUCUGACCCCUAUUACCAAGAUGCCGAGUGGCCGGAGCAGCCCCCGGCAGACCUGACCAUCCCCACCUCCCGCGAGGAGCAGCUGGAAUACAUACGCUGGAAGGCAGAGCGCGAGCAAAUCGACCGUGAGCGCGUGGCCCGCCACAAGAAUGCCAAGGGACAGUGGCGGAGAGCCUGGGACCUAGACAAGCCACAGCUUGUUUUUUCAGAUAAUCCACCAGGGGAAGCAGAACGGCCCCAGUCAAACAGAGGCGGCAGGGCUCCCAAAAGAGGCUCAAAAUCAGCUGGCGAAUCACAAGGUCACCAUGGCAGAGGCAGAGACAGGAAGGGCAAGAACCCUCCAGCUGUGGUGGGCAGCAAAGCCAAGGGCAAGGAGCGCCUGACGGGAAGAGCUCGAAGAUGGGACACUAAAGACAUGGAGGGAAAUAAACAGUUCUCAGAGACAAGUCUGGAGGAGUUUCUGGAGGAGCUUGAUGCCCUCUGUGACCCCGAUAACCCCUCCACUGACUCCAAGGCACCGCUGGACUCCGAUGGGACUGCAGCUGCCACUGCUGCCAAUGAUGAACACAAUGGUGUGGAGAUUGAGUCCAUUACACUGGACACAAAGCAGGCCGAUGCGGCAUCUAGAGCACCAUCUGGUGAUUAUGAUGCAGGGAAAGGGGGGAAUCCAGAGGUGGCCUCGCCCAAAGGAACCGAGAAGAAGGUGCGGUUCUCAGAGGGACUCGUCCAGGGUGGCCACAUCCAGAGGAAUUCCAACACUGUCACCGCUGAGACCAAGGGGAGCUUGUUGAAAGGGGUCUCGUCGCAGAUGAAGACAGACUUAAAAGCCGGAGCAGAGGCAAACAGCACCACUGACGAAUCCCAGCAGACACAGACACAACAGCAACAGACAGAGGCACAGCAGCAGGAGGCUGAUGGCAAUGGCCAGGAGGAGCAGGACACUCAUCAUGUCAGCCCGAGUGGCACAGAGAGCGGCAGCCCCGCUGCGCCCGCCCAGAAGGCACAGGAGGAGAAGACCGAAGACAAGAAGGAGAGAGCACUCGAGACUGACCAGGACACUGGAAAGGACAAGGAACAACAGCCAGGUGAAGAGGUCCAGGAGCCUUCUCACUCCAAUGCCUCUGACACAACUGAGACAGCCAAGAGAGUACCCAGCACAGAGACAGAGGGAGAGGCCUCCACACUGGCAGAUCAAGCUCCAGCCUCACAGGCUCCAGUACAGCAGGCCCCAGUACAGCAGACUCCAGACCAGCAGGCUCCAGUACAGCAGGACCCAGAUCAGCAGGCCCCAGAUCAGCAGGCCCCAGUACAGCAGGCUCCAGCCUCACAAGCUCCAGACCAGCAGGCUCCAGACCAGCAGGCUCCAGUACAGCAGGCCCCAGUACAGCAGGCCCCAGUACAGCAGGCCCCAGUACAGCAGGCUCCAGUACAGCAGGCUCCAGACCAGCAGGCUCCAGUACAGCAGGCUCCAGACCAGCAGGCUCCAGCCUCACAAGCUCCAGAGCACACCAAGACUAGCACAAGCAGGGCUACAGAGGAGCUGAUCGACUCCAGCUUGUCUGUGCUCAGUCUAGACACAGGGGACGCCCAUCAAGACCACGCUACCAGCACAGAGAAGGCACGGGAAGAUGGAAAAGUGGUCUAAAAGGCACAUAUCCCAGUUUGGAGUUAGCCGAUUCUAUAUGAGAUGGAAAAACAAAAACUGAAACCAAAAGAGGUUUUUUAUUAAACAUGCCUUUUUUUCUGAUUGAUUCCUAACUCUUAGAAACUUUGAGAGAUGUCAAACACUUACAUAAUGCUAAAAGAAAACCUCAAUAGCUCUAUGAAUGUGUUUUGUGGACAAUUUUUGUUGAACUGAAUCUGUUUAUAGAAACCACCUGAUCAUUGAAUGUUGAUGAAGGUUACGAAUGUUCGAUAGAGGGUAAUCAGUAUGUUAGACUCUAGGAAAUGAUGGAAGUCCUUUUAGGUAUCUCUACCUGCUUAAAAUAUGUUGUUUACAAGCACUUUAUUUUUUAUUGAAUAAUUGAAAUGACCAGAGGUUUUGUGGUUUAAUAGGACUACAAUAGUAAGCCUAUAGGGUUGAUUGUCUGGUUUGCUUGAACUUGAAUGAAGUCUAAAAAAAAUUUUCUAAUGGCACAGCCCUCUCUAACACUAGUUACUAUUAGUGCAAUUGAGAUCAUAUGUAUAUACCAUUACAGGGCUUAUAUGUUGAUCUCUUGUUUCCCAGUCCACUCUAUGGCAUCUAGGACUGCAUUCAAAAAGGUUGAAUCAGCUUACAUGGGUAUUUCCAAUACAAGUAAUGAAAUUGGAAAGUUGUCUAUGACUUGAAAACUAUUAAGUUUUCUCCUUUGGCCUUACGUGUAUAUUUGUCGGACUUACAAAGGUUCAGGUACUGCUGCUGUUCAGUGAGUUAACCUUAGCAGUGUUGUAAUGUUAGGAAUUCAGUUUCUGAUGGAUAAUUUUUUCAAAAAGAAUUUCACAUCUGAAUAUUAGUAUUUAGUGGCUCUAAGACACACAAGUCUUUAUUCUCCAUUCAUUCAAAAGUUGCAUGGUACAGAUCAUUUUUGAAAUUGUGUCUAUUCAUGCCUUAACAGUUAUGUAGGAGACAGUGUGAGUUAUAGGCAUUGUAUGCCAGCAGUUCUGUAUUUAAAGACUUAAACAUAUGUUUGCACUCAAGAAAUAAGCUAUUAACUUUUUGGUAAUAGUCACUCAAUGUUUACAGUUAGCUUUGAAAAGUAGACAUGGGCUCCCCUAGAUCCAAUUCAGCUUGGGUUUGUACUCCAUGUAAGCUAUGAUUUCAAGGUAUCCUUAUUUAAUUUAAAGCAACAUUAUGGUAAAAGAGUAAUUUAUUUAGUUUAGAAUGAAAAAAGAAAAAAACAAUUUAGAAGCAAAUGUUAUUGUCACUUUUACCAUGGACUCUGUUGGAAGAUACGUGCAAAAUGACUAUUAAAGAGUUCAAGUUUG